AUGAAUUAAAGUUUAAUCUCAGACUUGAUUGAAUAGAUUGAAGAUGAUUGCAUAUUCAUCUCAAAGUAUUAUUUUCAUCAUACUUAGUAUAACUGAGAUAAGUUCAACCUCUAAAGUUGUAUAAUAUUAGAUGACUCCAAAUCAUAACAAUCUAUUAAUUGAUCAUAUCAAUAUAAGAUCUGUGAGAUAAAUUCCUCUAAAGAUUUAACCCAAAGAACCUCCAGAAACUCCGAAAGAAAUUAAAUUUUUCAAAAGCGAAUUCAGUAUUAAAAUACCAAGUUCAUAAAUGGAUCAGAGGAAAAGAUAGUUAUUGAUACCAAAAUGUAGAAUCUCUCAUAGAUAUAAAUCAGAAAUAUAAAGAACAAAACCAAAAUCGGCAUUAAAAAAACAAAGGAACAAUUCUUUUUCUAAGUCUUAAAAAUCUGUAAGAUUUAGAAUUGAAAAUCAUUCACAAUGUUGA